CUCUUUUCUGCAUCAACUGCUUUGCUGGACAGCGCAGAGCAGAUGCUGGAGAUGCAGUUCAAGUGCUCCAAGAUGGGUGAGGCGAAGUACUACUUGGGGAUGCACGUGGAGAGAGAUGUGGAAAAGGGUGUGCUGAGGUUGCACCAGAGGAAGUACUGUGAGGGGCUGGCUGAGAAGUAUGGGCUGCAAGAUGGGGGAAAGCCAGCAACACCACUACCUUCGGGGUUCACUGUGGAGCCAUGUGCUGAUGAGGAGGUAGUGGGUGAUAGUGACAGGAAGCUGUUUCAUUCGAUGGUUGGGUCGCUGAAUUAUCCUGCAAAUCAUACACGGCCUGACAUUGCAUUUGCUACAUCACGGUUGGCUAGUGUGGUCUCACGCCCUAAUUCUUGAACUUUGAUUGAACCUUUGAGAUUGAGUUAAGUU